GGGUUUCUCUCUCCUCCCCCUCCCCAUUCCUUUUCCCCCCAAGCCUAGGGCUGGGGCUGACAGACGGACCAGGAGCUCUCGAGGUGUCUGGAGGCCCAGCGAGCCCCGGACUCAGGAGGCCCAAGGAGCUGGAGGCGACCCUCAGGCAGCAAGAACCCCACAGAAGGGCGUGAGCCCUGCAGACAGCAGUGCAGCACCUCGGGCUGGGCUCCUGUUAGGAGGGAGUGCCUGCACCCAGGCAGCGGCUCAGAGGCAACUGCUCCAUGCAGAACUGAAGCUGGUUCUGCAGCAGAAAGGAGAGAGGACGCAGGAGCCCGGGGUGCAGGUGCCUCCCAGCAGCGCCAUGGAGGCCAGAAGCCGGAGUGCUGAGGAGCUGAGACGGGCGGAGUUAGUGGAGAUUAUCGUGGAGACGGAGGCGCAGACCGGGGUCAGCGGCAUCAACGUAGCAGGCGGCGGCAAAGAGGGAAUCUUCGUUCGAGAGCUGCGCGAGGACUCACCCGCCGCCAGGAGCCUCAGCCUGCAGGAAGGGGACCAGCUGCUGAGCGCCCGAGUGUUCUUUGAGAACUUCAAGUACGAGGACGCACUACGCCUGCUGCAAUGCGCCGAGCCUUACAAAGUCUCCUUCUGCCUGAAGCGCACUGUGCCCACCGGGGACCUGGCGCUGCGGCCUGGGACCGUGGCCGGCUACGAGAUCAAGGGCCCGCGGGCCAAGGUGGCCAAGCUGAACAUCCAGAGUCUGUCCCCUGUGAAGAAGAAGAAGAUGGUGGUGGUGCCUGGGGCUCUGGGGGUCCCCGCUGACCUGGCCCCUGUUGACGUCGAGUUCUCCUUUCCCAAGUUCUCCCGCCUGCGCCGGGGCCUCAAAGCUGAGGCUGUCAAGGGUCCUGUCCCAGCCGCCCCUGCCCGCCGGCGCCUCCAGCUCCCUCGGCUGCGUGUACGAGAAGUGGCCGAAGAGGCCCAGGCAGCCCGGCUGGCCGCCGCUGCUCCUCCCCCAAGGAAGGCCAAGGUGGAGGCCGAGGUGGCUGCAGGAGCCCGUUUCACAGCCCCCCAGGUGGAGCUGGUUGGGCCCCGGCUGCCAGGGGCCGAGGUGGGUGUCCCCCAGGUCUCACCCCCCAAGGCAGCCCCCUCAGCAGAGCCAGCUGGUGGCUUUGCCGUCCACCUGCCAACCCUUGGGCUUGGAGCCCCGGCUCCGCCUGCUGUGGAGCUCCCAGCCAUGGGGAUCCAGGUCCCUCAGGUGGAGCUGCCCACCUUGCCCUCACUGCCCACUCUGCCCACACUUCCCUGCCUGGAGACCCGGGAAGGGGCUGUGGCGGUUCCCACCCUGGAUGUGGCAGCACCUUCUGUGGGUGUGGACCUAGCUUUGCCGGGUGCAGAGGUGGAGGCCCGGGGAGAGGCACCUGAGGUGGCCCUGAAGAUGCCCCGCCUUAGUUUCCCCCGAUUCGGGGCUCGAGCGAAGGAAGUUGCUGAGGCCAAGGUAGCCAAGGGCAGCCCUGAGGCCAAGGUGAAAGGUCCCAGACUUCGAAUGCCCACCUUUGGGCUUUCCCUCCUGGAGCCCCGGCCCACUGCUCCUGAAGCUGUGGAGAGCAAGCUGAAGCUGCCCACCAUCAAGAUGCCCUCCCUUGGCAUCGGAGUGUCAGGGCCCGAGGUCAAGGUGCCCAAGGGACCUGAAGUGAAGCUCCCCAAGGCUCCUGAGGUCAGGCUUCCAAAAGUGCCGGAGGCAGCCCUUCCAGAGGUUCGACUCCCAGAGGUACAGCUCCCAAAGGUGUCGGAGAUGAAACUCCCAAAGGUGUCAGAGAUGGCUGUGCCGGAGGUGCGGCUUCCAGAGGUGCAGCUGCCGAAAGUGCCAGAGAUGAAAGUCCCUGAGAUGAAGCUUCCAAAAGUGCCUGAGAUGAAACUCCCUGAAAUGAAAAUCCCUGAAAUGAAACUCCCGAAGGUGCCCGAGAUGGCUGUGCCCGAUGUGCCCCUGCCAGAAGUGCAGCUUCCGAAAGUCCCAGAGAUGAAGCUCCCUGAGAUGAAACUCCCUGAAAUGAAACUCCCGAAGGUGCCCGAGAUGUCUGUGCCCGAUGUGCCCCUGCCAGAAGUGCAGCUUCCGAAAGUCCCAGAGAUGAAGCUCCCUGAGAUGAAACUCCCUGAAAUGAAACUCCCGAAGGUGCCCGAGAUGGCCGUGCCGGAUGUGCACCUGCCGGAAGUGCAGCUCCCGAAAGUCCCAGAGGUGAAACUCCCUAAAAUGCCUGAGAUGGCUGUGCCAGAGGUUCAACUCCCCGAGGUGCAGCUGCCAAAAGUCUCAGAGAUGAAACUCCCCAAGGUGCCUGAGAUGGCCGUGCCCGAUGUGCAACUCCCCGAGGUGCAGCUGCCGAAAGUCUCAGAAAUAAAAGUCCCUGACGUGAAGCUCCCGGAGAUAAAACUCCCCAAGGUGCCUGAGAUGGCUGUGCCCGAUGUGCAGCUCCCCGAGGUGCAGCUACCGAAAGUGUCAGAGAUUCGGCUGCCGGAAAUCCAAGUGCCAAAGGUUCCCGAUGUGCACCUUCCAAAGGCACCGGAGGUGAAACUGCCCAGGGCUCCAGAGGUGCAGCUAAAAGCCACCAAGGCAGAGCCAGCAGAAGGGAUGGAAUUUGGCUUCAAGAUGCCCAAGAUGACCAUGCCCAAGAUGACCAUGCCCAAGCUAGGGAGGGCAGAGUCCCCAUCACGUGGCAAGCCAGGCGAGGCAGGUGCUGAGGUCUCAGGGAAGCUGGUAACACUUCCCUGUCUGCAGCCAGAGGUGGAUGGUGAAGCUCAUGUGGGUGUCCCCUCUCUCACUCUGCCCUCAGUGGAGCUAGACCUGCCAGGGGCCUUUGGCCUGGAGGGGCAGGUCCCAGCCGCCAAAAUGGGCAAGGUAGAGCAGACGGAGGGCCCCAAGUUGGCAGCAGGGGUCAGGGAAGUGGGCUUCCGAGUGCCCUCUGUUGAAAUUGUCACUCCACAGCUCCCCACUGUGGAAGCUGAGGAAGGGCGGCUGGAGACAAUGGAGAUGAAAGUCAAGCCCUCUUCCAAGUUCUCCUUGCCCAAGUUUGGACUCUCAGGGCCAAAGGUGGCCAAGGCAGAGGCUGAGGGGGCUGGGCGAGCCACCAAGCUGAAGGUCUCCAAGUUUGCCAUCUCGCUCCCCAAGCCUCGGGUAGGGGCUGAGGCUGAGGCCAAAGGGGCUGGGGAGGCAGGCCUGCUGCCCGCCCUCGACCUGUCCAUCCCACAGCUCAGCCUGGAUACCCACCUACCCUCAGGCAAGGUAGAGGUGGCAGGGGCCGACGUCAAGUUCAAGGGGCCCAGGUUUGCUCUGCCCAAGAUUGGGGUCAGAGGCCGGGACACUGAGGCAGCAGAAUUGGUGCCGGGGGUAGCUGAGUUGGAGGGCAAGGGCUGGGGCUGGGACGGGAAGGUGAAGAUGCCCAAGCUGAAGAUGCCCUCCUUUGGACUGGCUCGAGGGAAGGAAGCAGAAGUUCAAGGUGAGCGUGCCAGCCCGGGAGAAAAGGCUGAGUCCACCACUGUGCAGCUUAAGAUCCCUGCAGUGGAGCUGGUCACGCUGGGCACCCAGGAGGAAGGGAGAGCGGAGGGGGCGGUGGCCGUCAGUGGAAUGCAGCUGUCAGGGCUGCAGGUGUCCACAGCCAGGCAGGUGGUCGCUGAGGGCCAUGAGGCGGGGCUGAGGAUGCCUCCGCUGGGCAUCUCCCUGCCCCAGGUAGAGCUGACUGGCUUUGGGGAGGUGGGUACCCCGGGUCAGCAGGCUGAGAGUACAGCCCCUUCAGCAGAGGGCACAGCAGGCUACAGGGUCCAGGUGCCCCAGGUGACCCUGUCUCUGCCUGGAACCCAGGUUGCAGGUGGGGAGCUGUUGGUGGGUGAGGGUGUCUUCAAGAUGCCCACUGUAACAGUGCCCCAGCUUGAGCUGGACGUGGGGCUAAGCCGAGAGGCACAGGCAGGCGAGGCGGCCACAGGUGAGGGUGGGCUGAGGCUGAAGUUGCCCACGCUGGGGGCCAGAGCUGGGGUGGGGGGCCAGGGUGCUGAGGAGCAGCCCCCAGGGGCGGAGCGUACCUUCCUCCUCUCACUGCCCGAUGUGGAGCUCUCGCCACCUGGGGGCACCCACGCCGAGUACCAGGUGGCAGAUGGGGAGGGGGAGGCCGGACACAAGCUCAAGGUGAGGCUGCCCCGGUUUGGCCUGGCUCGGGCCAAGGAAGGGGCCGAGGAGGGUGACAAGGCCAAGAGCCCCAAACUCAGGCUGCCCCGAGUGGGCUUCAGCCAGAGCGAGACGGUCACUGGGGAAGGCUCCCCCAGCCCCGAGGAAGAGGAGGAGGAAGAGGGCAGUGGGGAAGGGGCCUUGGGACGCCGGGGCCGGGGCCGGGUCCGCUUGCCACGCGUAGGCCUGGCGGCCCCUUCUAAAGCCUCGUGGGGACAGGAGGGCGAUGCAGCCCCCAAGUCCCCCAUGAGAGAGAAGUCCUCAAAGUUCCGCUUCCCGAGGGUGUCCCUAAGCCCCAAGGCCCGGAGUGGGAGUGGAGACCAGGAAGAGGGUGGAUUCCGGGUGCAGCUGCCCAGCGUGGGUUUUUCGGAGACAGGGGCUCCAGGCCCAGCCAGGAUAGAGGGGGCUCAGGCUGCGGCUGUCUGAAGCCCCUGGGCAGAUGGAGACUCCCUUCUUGCCUUCCUUUCUCCUCCCCCACCCCUGCUGUUGUGUGUGUGAUAACUAGCACUAACCCUAAGAGGGCCAGGAGGUGGGCGACUGACCAGGGCUAGUGGGGAGGCCUGCUCCUGUCUCGCUGGCAGGAGUGUGUGUAACCCACAAGCCACGUGAAUAAAGUAAUCCGGAAGUA